GCCCCGAUUCCUCACCAUGCCAUCACUUUUCCUUUUCCUUUCCCUUUUCCUUUUCUCCUUCUCCUUUGUAUGGACUAUAAGUGUAUAUGAGAGGUUGAGAAUGGUGGUACCUACUUAAACUCUUCUCAUACUCCUCUCAUUCCCCAGAUGUAGGCUCGGUCACACCCGUUCAGCGAGACUAACAGCGGUGGACUACUGCUCCGACGGCCCAUAAUACGUUUCGUUGCCCUUGGAUAUCCCGGCUCCCGUGUCCUUCCGUCGCCAACCUAUCAAACCCAAACCUACAGGCUACUCCCGGCGAGCAGCAGACACCCCCGUGGUCACGAGUCACGAGUCACGACUCGCCAUCCCAACCAUGCCUCCUCAUGUUAUUCUACCCAUCGUCCAGGCCGGUCCUUCUUGGCCCCUGAAGAGACGUGACGACAAUGCAGACCUCGACGUCGCCCCGGGCUGCACGUCCACCGUCAACCACCCAACCCUCGUGGUGCGCCAAGACGGUUCCCCCGCAACAGUCACCGUCACCGAAGUACCCGCGGGAGGCGGCGGCGGCGGCCGCGGCGCCGAUAACCUCAGCGGCGGCGCGAUUGCGGGCAUCGUAAUCGGUUCCAUCGUCGGCACCCUGCUCCUCCUGUGGAUCAUCCGCUCCCUCUGUAACCUGGGCGCCCGCCCUCGGGAGCCCGAGCCCUGGUAUCGCGACAAGGACCGCCACCAUCACCACCAUCACCGCCACCAUUCCCCUCAUCGGCAUAGCCGCAGCCGGCGUCGAUCCUCGAGCAUAUCGGCCCCGCCUCCUGUGGUCAUCCAUGACUAUUCGAGGAGUCCGCGACGACCUAGCAGGGGGAGAUAUUGAGGACGUGAUGCCCGUUCUACGAUGACAUGAACGCGAACACGAGGGAGGUUUCUUAGCGACGAUGGGUUUUGUUUCGUUGAUUUUUCGGCAAUUUCUGCAUGAUACGAUCAUACGGUAUCAAACAGAUAUCGGACACCAGGAAGGUGUGUAUAAUAGCAUCUAUAUGUAAAUACAUGUAAAUACCAGCG